AUGGAGUAUUGGAAAAAUAAAGUGGCUGUCGUUACUGGAGCGGCACAUGGAAUUGGAGGUCAAAUAACUGAAGAUCUUGCAAAGAUUGGUAUGACGGUAAUCGGCUUUGAACCUGUUCGGGACAGACUCAAUGACAUGAUGGAUAAAAUGAAUGAAUGGGGCAAGUUUGACGGUCAAGUUAUACCGUGUAAAUGUGACGUGUCUAAAGAUGAAGACUUGAAGAAUGCUUUUGAAGGCAUAGUAGCGACAUACGGUGGUGUGGAUGUAUUGAUAAAUAAUGCUGCUAUAGGAAAAGAAGGUCUAAUAUGCACUGGCGCAAUACAAGAUUUCAAAGAUAUUGUGGACACUAACAUUUACGGACUGAUAAAUUGUACAAGAUACGCAAUAGAAUCGAUGAUGAAGAAAAACGGUUCUGGGCAAAUUAUCAAUGUCAAUAGCAUAUGUGGUCACUAUAUGCCUCCUUUUGCAGAGCCUAAGAUUAAUAUGUACAUAGCUUCGAAGAGAACUAUGACAGUUUUGAAUACUCUAUUGAAGAAUGAGUUUAAAUCGCUGAAUCGUAAGAUUAAGGUAACAAGUAUAUCUCCUGGAAUUGUACGUACUGGAAUAUUUAAGACAGCUGGUAUACAUUUCCUGAAUGAAGAGUUUUUUGAUAAGAAUCCACAUUUGACCACUAAAGAUGUGUCCAAUGUUGUGCUUAUGAUAUUAGCAGCUCCUCGGAAUAUUCAAGUUAAUGAAGUUAUUUUUCAUGCAUUGCAUGAGCUUUAUUAA